AUGGAGUAUUCUCACAUUGAAAUUUGUUUCAAAUUUGAAAAUCCAGGGAAUUAUUUUAUAAUUGUCGCGAAACAAAAUUGUGAGUGUUGGCUUCAAUUCGACGUUAAAAUUAAAAAAGCAAAUGAGGAAAGAUGUGUGUCCAAAAUGUUUAAGAAAAUGAAUGAUUUAGAGAAGGAUUUAUUGAAAAGUUUUAGACAAUUCAUUUCAAUGUGGAUAUUAAAAACAGAAUUAGAUAAUUAUGAGGAUGGCCAGAUAACGGUAAAUAAUGAUGAAUCGUUAGAAAAUAAUCCUGAACUGGCAUUAGUUGCCUCAAUAACUCCAUUGCUGACUCUUGGAAGUUAUGAAUUUUAUUUGGAUAAGGAAGGAGUAACUAAAGAAAGAGUGAAAAUUGUUGAUUCUAAGAAAAAAUGACA